AUGCCGUUCAAAUCACCAUCAUGGGUGCCCCAACUCCCAGAAGUCCCCGACAGUAUCUCGAUCGAGCGCUUCAUGUUCGACGAGAAGUAUGGCCGCUACCCACUUGGCUACUCUCGACCGCCCUUUAGCUGUGCCCUAACCGGUCGGAGCUUCAGCGCACUGGAAAUGAAGGAGCGCAUUGAUUACCUCUCAAGGGCAUUGUGCAAGGAGUUCGGGUUCAAGCCGAACGAAGGUUCGGAAUGGGACAAGGUUGUCGGAGUCUUUAGCUUGAACACAAUCGACUACCUCACACUCGCAUGGGCUGUUCACAGAAUAGGAGGAAUCACGACCUGUGUGAAUGCGGCGUACAAUGCCUCUGAGCUGGAAUACCAGAUGAAUGAUUCGGGAGCGAAGGCGAUUUUCACAAGCUUGCCUCUUUUGCAGACUUGCAAGGAUGGUGUGAAGAAGUCGAAGCUCUCAGAUGACCGGAUCUAUAUCUUGCCACUGCCUGAGGCAGUAACUCCAGGGAUGUCUAAUGGCAAUCACAAGACCAUCGACGAUUUGGUCAAGAUGGGCUCACAACUGGAUCGAGGACAGGCUUCGGAUGAGACUUGGGGAAGAGGCGAGGGUAAGAGACGUUGUGCCUUCCUGUGUUAUUCUAGCGGAACCUCCGGACUUCCUAAGGGUGUCAUGAUCUCACACUACAAUGUCAUUGCGAAUACGCUGCAAAUGAACACGUACGAAUCCACGGACCGACAGGAACUGAAGAAGAAGUUCAAGGAUGAUCAUUAUACCGAAAACUGUCUCGGCUUGCUGCCAAUGUCGCACAUUUACGGCUUGAUCGUGAUCUCGCACGUCGGCCCGUAUCGUGGCGACGGCGUGGUCGUGCUCCCGAAAUACGACUUCAAGUGGCUUCUUCAAGCGAUUCAGGACCACAAAAUUGCCUUGCUCUAUCUGGUACCACCUAUGAUCAUCCAUCUUACCAAAUCUAAGGAAGUCUGCAAGCAAUAUGACCUGUCAAGUGUUCGUGCUGCAUUCACGGGUGCAGCGCCUCUCGGUGAAGAGACAGCAGACGAGCUCGCGAAGAUGUUCCCUAGUUGGUCCGUUCGGCAGGGCUACGGCUUGACAGAGACUGCGACGGUCGUGAGCUCGACUAGUCCGCAUGACAUCUAUUUUGGAAGCUGUGGAUCUCUGAUCCCUGGCGUCACUGCUCGAAUAGUCACCGUGGAGGGCAACGAGAUCACAGGCCACGACCAGCCUGGCGAGCUCUGGGUCAAAUCGCCCUCUGUAGUACUGGGAUACCUCAACAACGGCAAAGCUGACAAGGAAACUUUCGUCGAGGAGAGUGACGGCCGAUACAUGCGAACUGGAGAUGAAGCACUUCUUCGCAAGAGCAAGAACGGUCAUGAACACAUCUUCAUCGUCGAUCGCAUCAAAGAGUUGAUCAAGGUGAAAGGACUGCAAGUUGCACCCGCUGAAUUGGAAGCACACCUCCUCACGCAUCCUGCUGUCAACGACUGCGUCGUGAUCGGAGUGCCAUCGGAUCGUGAAGGGGAGAUUCCCAAGGCGUUCGUUGUGAAGAACCCCAGCUCGAAGGAGGACGACAGGACAUUGAUCGAGUCUAUCACGCAGCAUGUCGCGACCCAUAAGAGUGACCACAAGAGGCUACGAGGUGGCAUUGAGUUCAUUGAUGUGGUGCCGAAAUCGCCUAGCGGAAAGAUCUUGCGCCGAAUGAUGAGGGAUAAGGAGAAGGCCAAGAUGAAGAAGCAGGGCUCGAAGUUGUAG